UAGGACUCGUGCAUUCUCCGACCAUUGACACUUCACUAGAAAUCGAAAUCAAUUCACUUUCUUUUAUAAAAGAUUCUAUUUCGUAUUGUUUGGAUCGUUGUAACGCAGAACCUGUAAGAUGGGCAACAACUCCAGUUAUGUUAGCGUGGCUAACGCUUACUCAAAAAAUAUCUACGUGCAAGUCCUCGGAAUUCCGGCAGAUUUACCGGAUGGAGCUGAUGCUGGAGCACAUAAGAACGGUUUUACGAAAAUUGCUCCAGGCACUUUCUUAACGUUUCGGCCAAAAACAGAAUCUGGAAAAGUCUACAUUUCCGUGAUUACGGAAGACAACAAAUGGGUUUGCAAAAAUCUCGAAGGGGACAAAGAAGAGGGUCUGAUUAUUAGUCCUGAGGGGGAAGCGUUCACCGCUCAGCCGGGAAAUGUUUGGGUGGAUACUGCGGGGAAGCGUCACCAGUCGUCGACCGUUUGGUGAAACCAGUUAGCAGUCCUAGAUGAUCUAAGCAAAGGAAUCCAAUGUCUGUACCUACCUUCUACCGUUUUAACUAUGCAAUUAAUACGACAUUUCACUUGCUUUCGUAUAUAUCUGGAAUAGAUCUAGAAAGAUGUGACUGCCAUAAAAAUGUCACUGCGUUAGUUUAAAUUAUUGAAUGCAGUUACCUAUUGCAAAGAUAUAUUGUGCAUAAAGUAAAAAACGUAUUCCCUUCGGCAUAAUUAUGUACAGUAUAUAUGAGAAGGCGCUUGCUGGUUAACACCUGCUAAGAAGGAGAUCAAAUAAAAU